AUGGGCAUAUACAGGGAAAUACCUAACAGUACUACAGGGGUAUCACCUUUCCAACUAUUGUAUGGUAGACCCCCACAAGGACCGUUAUCUAUUUUAAAAUCUACAUGGUUAGGGGAGCAUGACGAAUUAAAAUUCGAUCUGAAGCCAAUUCAUAAAUAUUUGCAAGAUUUGAAGGAGCGGUUGAAACGUGCUGCUGAGCAAGCUGAUCUUACGAGUGAAAUCCAACAAGGUAGGAUGGCGCAGUAUUAUAAUUUGCGCUCUUCGAGUAAAACUUUUGAAAUAGGAGAUAGGGUUGUAGUCCUCAUACCUGAUUCAAGCAACAGGUUAUAUGCUCGUUGGCAGGGUCCUGCAGUGAUAAAGGAAAGGAAAAAACCCACACUCUUUUUUAGUAGAAUUGGCUGACGGGAGCAUUAAGCAUGUACAUCAAAAUAAAAUAAGGAAAUUCAUUGUGCGGUCAAAUGCAAUCAAUGUAAUGUUUGACGGGGAAGAGUUCGGGGAGGUAGACAAUAUUCCCUCUACUUU